AUGCCUGCUGUGUUGAUCGGGGAUUCCCUUUACUUGCUGCUCUCUGACGGUGGUAUAACUGUAAUUCUUGAGGUUGAUUUGAAUAGGCAGAGCCUAGCUUUGAUACAGGUGCCACUGUGUAUGCUUGCCUAUGGUCAUUACAGGGACUUUCUGACACUUAUGCGAGCAGAGGGUGGCGGGCUGGGUUUACUCUGCAAGAAAGGCUUCACCGCCAAAUUAUGGAAGAGGAAUGCUGGUUGUGAUGGUGUUGCUUCGUGGGUGCUGGGAAGAACUAUUAGACUGGACAAGCUACUUUCCCUGAAUUUAGAGAUAAAGCACAUACAGAGGAUAGCGUAUGCCGAGGAAAAUAAUGUGGCUUUCUUGCGGACAGUUUCCGGUAUCUUCAUGGUCCAGCUUGAGUCAUUGCAGUUCAGUAAACUUCCUGAAAACAACAACUGUGCUAUCUGUUAUCCAUUAGAAAGUGUCUAUGCUGCAGAAACAAGCAUUGGUGGUGGACAUGGUGGAGCUGAUCAAGAUAUGAUAGUAUGA